AGCACGGAGUACGCCCCCAACAGGAAAACAACGAUUGCCUGGAGGGGUGGUAAGGCUUGGGGAGCCUUUCCCUCGCCCACCCGCCUGAUUUCUGCCAGGAGUGCAUUCCACAGCCCAGGAGCAGCUACAGAGAAGGCCACAUGCUGGUGGUAGCUGAAGACGGACCUCCUCAGAUGACCUUAAUGUGCGGUGGGGAUCAUGUAGAAGAAGGUGCUCUGCACUUGAUGUUUGUUCCCUGAUUUUACAAGUUCACUUGUGCAAGUCUUCUUGAAAGUAAGCCCCAUUAUCCUCAAUGGGAUUUACUCCAAGGUGAGAACAAUUCAGCCAGACAAUGGAGGACUCUCCAUCAUAUAAGACCGUCUUUUCGCUGGGACGUUUCAAAAUCCGGAAACUGCGGAGCGGAGCCCCGUCGGAAGAAGCCAAUGCUACCCACAAACACCCAGUGCCUGCCCAGCAAAUGGAGGACAAUGGCUCUCUUUCGGCCCCACCGGAUUAUGAGACGACAAUUGACGCCUCCCCCCGCUAUGAUUUCUAUGCCCUCUCAGCACCACCUGGACGUCGGAAAACUCGGCCCACACUGGACAUGCUCCGAAAUGCAGAACCGCAAACCUUUCCUGGAGACUCCCAAGAUCCCAACAUGGAUCCUGAUAUGAAGGAAGGGGAUGACAAGGAUGUGGAAGCUGAUGAACCAGAACCAGAACCUGUUCGGUUUGGCUGGGUGACCGGUGUCAUGAUCCGGUGUAUGCUGAACAUUUGGGGAGUGAUUCUUUAUCUGCGUUUGCCAUGGAUAACUGCACAGGCUGGAAUAGGACUGACCUGCUUAAUCAUUCUAAUGUCUUCUGUGGUGACCAGCAUAACCGGCCUCUCCAUCUCAGCCAUCUCGACGAAUGGCAAGGUGAAAGCGGGAGGCACAUACUUCCUCAUCUCUCGCAGCCUGGGCCCAGAGCUUGGGGGCUCCAUUGGACUUCUGUUCUCCUUCGCCAAUGCCGUCGCUGUAGCAAUGCAUGUGGUGGGCUUCGCCGAGACGGUCAAGGACCUCCUGGUGGAGUUCGACACGGUGAUGGUCGAUCCGACGAACGAUAUCCGUAUUGUGGGUGUGAUCACUGUCACUGUUCUACUUGGCAUCGCCCUGGCUGGAAUGGAGUGGGAGGCAAAGGCUCAAGUUGUCUUCUUCUUUGUGAUCAUGGUCUCCUUCAUCAACUACUUCAUUGGGACCUUAAUCCCAGCUACAAAAGAGAAACAAUCCUUGGGCUAUUUCAGCUAUCGUGGCGACAUCUUCUUAGAGAACAUCGGUCCCAGAUGGCAUGGUGAAUCCGGCAGCUUCUUCGGCAUGUUUUCCAUCUUCUUCCCGUCAGCUACUGGGAUCCUGGCUGGUGCCAAUAUCUCAGGAGACCUCAAGGACCCAGCAGUGGCCAUCCCACAAGGAACGCUCAUGGCCAUCUUCCUGACCACCCUGUCGUACCUGGCUAUCUGUGCCACCAUAGGUUCUUGCGUGAUCCGCGAUGCCAGUGGCAAUAUCAAUGACACUCUGGCAUCCAGCAAUGUCACAGGAGAUUGCGUCGGCCUAGGUUGUAAUUACGGGUGGAACUUUACAGAAUGCUCCUCGACUGAGACCUGCAAAUAUGGACUGGCUAAUGAUUAUCAGACCAUGAGCAUGGUAUCAGGCUUCAGCCCCCUCAUCACAGCCGGGAUCUUUGCUGCCACCCUGUCCUCAGCCCUGGCGUGCUUCGUCUCUGCCCCCAAGGUCUUCCAGUGCCUCUGCCAGGACAACCUGUAUCCUGUCAUUGGCUGGUUUGCCAAAGGCUAUGGGAAGAACCAAGAGCCACUGCGGGCCUAUGCCCUGACCUUCAUCGUGGCUAUUGCCUUCAUCCUUAUUGCUGAGCUGAACACCAUUGCGCCCAUCAUUUCCAACUUCUUCCUUUGCUCUUAUGCCCUCAUCAACUUCAGCUGCUUCCACGCCACCAUCACCAACUCCCCAGGCUGGAGACCUUCCUUCCGCUACUUUAGCAAGUGGACGGCCCUCUUUGGCUCCAUUGUAUCCGUGGUCAUCAUGUUCUUAUUGACAUGGUGGGCUGCCCUCAUAGUUGUCGGAAUCAUCAUCGUGAGCUUGGCAUAUGUCACCUACAAGAAGCCAGAUGUCAACUGGGGUUCCUCAGUGCAGGCUGGCACUUAUAACAUGGCCCUGUCAAAUGCUAUGAACCUGUUCAACGUCGAGGACCAUGUCAAGAAUUUCCGGCCUCAGUGUCUGGUCCUUUCGGGCCCUCCCAACUUCCGCCCAGCCCUGGUGGAUUUUGUCGGCGCCUUUACUAAAGGUGUGAGCCUCAUGAUAUGCGGGAACGUGGCUGAGCUGAAAGACUCCUCGUGUGCUGAAGACUGCGAAGAACAGUUCAAGUGGCUCAGCGCUCGUAAGGUCCGCUCUUUCUACAACUUCAUCACAAUGGGAGACCUGAGAACCGGUGCUCAAAGCCUCAUGCAGGUCUCGGGCCUGGGCCGUCUCAGACCCAACACGGUAGUCCUUGGCUUCAAGCAGAACUGGCAGACAGACACUCCCCAGAGCCUGGAGAACUACGUGGGCAUCAUAUAUGACUCCUUUGACUUCAGUGCUGGCGUGUGUGUGCUCCGCAUACGCAGUGGACUGGAUGUGUCACGGACAGUGAAGGCCCAAGUAAACUUGGGAUUUCAGGACACUGAAGGAGCUCUGGGCCAUGAGAAACAGAGGCAUGUUGGAUUCAAAGUAGUCGGUGCCGACACACAUCUGGAGACCGUCUUCCAGAGCAAGCAGAAGAAGAAAAACAUUGACAUAUAUUGGCUGUAUGAUGAUGGUGGGCUCACCCUCCUGAUCCCCUACCUCCUCACCCGCCGAAAAUGCUGGAGCCAUUGCAAAGUCCGAGUCUUCAUUGGAGGGCAGAUGGCGAAUGCAGAACAGCAUAGAGAAGAGAUCCAGCUUUUGCUGAGCAAGUUCCGCCUGGGCUUCAAUGAAGUUGUGGUGCUACCAGAAAUCAUGUGGGCACCAGAGGAAACAAGUCGCAAAGAGUUUGAGGAUCUCAUAGCCCCCUAUCGGUUUAAUGAAGGCCAGAAAGGCUCGGAAACUGUGGAAGGGAUGAAAAAGGACGCCCCUUGGAAGGUCACUGAUGAAGACCUCAGAGUCUACAGGAAAAAGUCUGAACAGCACAUACGCCUCCACGAGAUACUACAGGACCACUCCCGCAAUGCAGCUCUCAUUGUCAUGAGCCUUCCUAUGGUACGGAAAGGGGCCUGUCCAAGCUCCCUCUACAUGGCUUGGCUGGAGACCAUCUCCAAGAAUCUCAACCCGCCUGUCGUCUUCAUUCGAGGAAACCAAGAGGAUGCACUUACCUUCUAUUGCCAGUAAAGGGCAGCACCGUAUCAAGGGAGUUGUCCCACAGGUGCCUAGGAGGAACGCAUCCAUUGUACUUCAUGGGAAUGCCAGACACCAGUGAGGAGCAAUGGGUUCUCUUUACCAGGCACAUAAAUAAGCCAGUGGACUGUCUUUGCUGUCUCUGAGAAGUGAGGAACGGCUACAUCUCAUGGAGGCAGUUCUGUGACUUAAUUUCUUCCCCUUCGUUUUCCUGGAUUGUGUACCCCGAUGGACUGAUACUUAUUGUACUGACCUCCCUGGGUUCUGUGCCAAGUCUGGGACUAUCUGUAAAUAUUAAAGUUUUAAAUAUUGUUAUUUAA